CUCCGAAAGUAUAGCGACAGUAAAUUUAUCCGCAGAUUCCGGGUUUCCAAGGACACAUUUCGUUGGCUAGUAGAUUUCUUAGCCCCGGAUUUGAUGCCACUAAAGGAGAGUAAUCAUGCUCUGAACCCGGAGCAGCAGGUGCUGGUUGCCAUGCGCUUUUAUGCCAGGGCAUCAUUCCAAAUGGACAUUGGUGAUAUGUGUGGCGUAUCCCAGGCAACUGUCUGCAGGGUGGUUCAUCGCGUUUCCUCUGCUAUUUGUGCCAGACGUCAGCAAUUCAUUCACUUUCCAACCACACCGGAAGAAAGGAGAACUAUUGCCGAAGGCUUCUAUGAGAUUGCCCAAUUCCCUGGGGUCGUUGGUGCUAUAGACGGUUCCCAUGUUGCUAUAGUUAAUCCUGGUGGGGAGCGUGCGGCCCAUUUUAUCAAUCGUAAAGGUUGGUAUAGUAUCAACUGCCAGGGUGUUGUGGACCAUCAACUUCUUUUCACUAACAUUGUUGCCAGAUUGUACGGUUCGGCACAUGACUCGCGGAUAUUUCAAGAAUCACAACUAUUCCGUAAAUUUCAAGCAGGGGAAUACAGAGGCAUUUUGCUAGGGGAUCCGGCCUACACUUGCAGCACGUUCAUGCUUACCCCGGUUCGCAACCCAACAACACCAGAGGAGAACCGUUACAACAAUGCCCAACGACGUACCCGGGGAGUGGUUGAACGAGCAUUCGGGAUUUGGAAAAAGAGAUUUCCCUGCGUCUCCAAGGGAAUGCAUCUGAGGUGUUCAUUGGAUCACAACAUGGCAAUAAUAGUUGCGACCACCUGCUUACAUAAUCUCGCCACACGAAUGAAUGAUCCUGUACCGGAGCCAGAAGCUGACCUUCCUCGACGUGAAAUCGGUGAACCAGAACGACCCAUCAACCCGGCUGAAAUAAGACAAGGCUUCGGUCGUCUUCUGUAAUGCUGAACUUGUCGGCUGUCUCGGAGCGACGGCUCUCUGCUGAUGUGUGGCAACGA